GACAAAAGGGCGUGAUAUGGUAGACGGCGGCUAAAGGAGCGUCUGUGUCCGUCUUCUCUUAUCUCAUCAUCCUCCGUGGACUAUCUGGUGUGGUGUGGACCGAAGGGGAGAGAGAGAGAGAGAACACUGCCCCACAUGACCUCAUCGACACCAACCACAUUCAAAUAAUAACAUCCCCUUCUGACCUUCUCUUCCUCUGCUGCUCCUGCUCCUGCUUCAUGAUCCCAUCACCGUCUUAUCUUCUUCGCUCGCUAAUCCCGGCGGAAAAUGCAUGAGUUCUCUACUGUAGACGGUUUUGUGGAGAUAAGUGAAGGCCUGGCAGAGAUUAUGAAGUACGUGGCUAAUGAACCAUCUUCUGGGCUUUUCUAUAUCCAACACCAUGCUCAAAAUGCAGUCCCGAAUGUUAUUGAAGCUAAAAGGAACAUUGUCGAGAAGUCUCACGAAACAACUUUGCACGCGGAAGAUUUGGAGGACUCUGUCACUAUGGUUAGGUCAAUGAAAGAGUGUGGAUUUUCCUUAGCUGAUGAAAUGAUCCGAGACAUUAAGAAAUCUCUGGUUACGAUGACAACAAAACAACCAAAAAGAGGCUUAAUUCGUCAAUCACCAUCAGGUUCACGGAUAGAACGAACUAGUCUUUGGGGUGAGGGCAGUGAAAAACGGAGUAACUAUCUUUCAAGUGUUUUCAGCUCAGCAAAACAGAAGGCUAGUAGUCUCAGGUGGCCAAAUCUUGAUACUAAGGAAUCCUUGGAUUCUAAGGGUGAGAAGCCAGAUAUGUACUCUAAUUUGCCAUUAAAAGUCACAUCUGCUAGCACUAAUUCAUCUCUACAGGGCAUUGAAGCCUACGAGUUACCCGUGUCAAGCCAAGUUGAAGAUGAAUGUCAGCACGAACAGAAUGAGGAUAGUGAUGUUAACAGCACUAAGUUAUUGUCAGUAUCAGAAAACUAUGAUGACUUCAAAGCUAAUAAGGAAGCUAAACUAGAAGAGUGGCUGCAAGGAACUGGCAAUCUUGAGAAUAAUCGAGGCGCAGGUGAUGAGGGAAUGUGUUAGCUUAGCUAUUAAAAUUUGAGACAAAGCUUCAGCUUGUAUAUACUCUUUCUUGAGCAUCUCGUGUCUCUGAUAAGUGAUUGAUUAUGAAGAAAAUAUUUUGUAGUGCUGUGAAAUGUUCUUUGAAUAAACAUGAAGUGUUUUGCAAGCAAUUGAGAAUUAUGAUACCAAGGUAGCAAAAAUUUGGGGCUUUUCAAAUAUAGGAAACUUGGGAUUAGAUUA